AUGGCUGCCGUCGCAUCGUCCCCUUCUCUCCCCUCCUCUGGAGCCCCCCAAUCGCGGCACUUCCUCGCGCACAGUGCGCCUUACGGCCAUGCUGUCGGUCCUGCACUCUCUGCACACCUGCAUAAUGGAUACGAAGCAUUCGCGAGUCACGGGCAUGGACAUACCUACAACCACUAUAAGCACGCGCCCUCGCCCGCGUCGACAACCUCUUCCUGGCGUGUGCGCGCGCCGGUGUCCAACGCGCCAGCGCCAGCACCAGGGCAGAAGCCGAGGCGCCGUGUCGCAAGCCCCUCCUCACCUACACGCUUACCUUCCUCCCGCACCCAUUCACAUUCGCGCAAUGACUCGUCGUCGUCUACUGCAAGCCUCACUUCGAGCCGGCGCCCUUCACCCCCAUCCUCCAUAGCUGCUUCGCCUGUCAAGCAAGCUGUCGAGCUGCGUUCGCAAGAUACCCCAUCCUCACAAUUGACAGUGGCGAGCUCGUCUGCGCCGUUAGUCUAUACCCCCGCCGAUCUUCUUCGGCUCUCAUUCUCGCCCCUCGUGGGGCUCUCCCCGGCUUCGCAAGCUGUCGUCAGCGACCUCGUUGCACAUCAUGUGUGGAGACGCAGCCGUAAGGCCAACCAGGGCUCCGACGUUGCGCGGGGUCGCAAGCCGCACGAGGCUUCAGAGGCAGGUCACUCGGCGACCGACUCAGAUAGCAGCAACUAG